CUUAAUGAUGGUCACACUGAAAUCCCUUAUAACCUCUGAUUUAGAAAAAUGGAGGAGGCGGUAUGCAGGGUUUGCCUGCGGCAGGAAGGCGACAUGAUCAACAUAUUCGAUGGGACACAGGACCCGGGAGUUUCCAUUGCCGAUAUGAUUACCUGCUGGUCUGGCCACCAAGUAGAAAGAGGCGACUUUUUGCCGGAAACCAUCUGUCCAGAGUGCUUGGAAGACGCCCGUGAGGCAUUUGGGUACAUUCAAAAGUUUGAAGGGGAGAAGAUCUUUAAAAUAUUCAAAAGCGAGAGCUCGCGAAUAGAAAACCAGCUGGAAGGCCCUGAAACGAAUGCAGCCCAGAAAUACCAUGUAAAAAACGAGCCUGUGGACGAUGAGCUAUACCUGGAAGCAGUCGGCACAGCAUCAAAUGAUCCAUUCGAGAACGACAUAUGCAAGAUAGAAGCUGAGGAGAUUAAUCAACCCAGUCUCCCAAACUAUAUUUCAACAGCAUUGGAUCUGGAUACAACCCCAACUAUUCCGAACGUACUUUCUCAUGGUAAACGACGCUACAAGUGUUCCAUGUGCACAAAAUCGUUCGCGGCAGCUUCGCAAUUUAGUCAGCAUAUUCUAACCCAUUCAGAAGAUAAUGCCGGUAGCCAUGAAUCGAAGUAUUCUGGCUCAGAUUUUAGUAACUCUGAAGCGGACACAUACAAAAAGGAUGACUAUGACCCUGCAUCGGAAUCGGACGUGCCUGCCCAAAAGUAUCACGUCAAACGGCGCCUAAAAAGUAUUGCAUCCAUAGCGCAUUUGAAGCAACAUUCACUAAAUCAAGCUAAUAUCAAGGCGAAAUCUAGUUCUAGUGCAUCAAGCAGCACUUCUUACAUGCCCUACAAAUGUAAUUACUGCCCGAAAUAUUUUGAGGACAAGGACUCCUAUAGAUUACACCUUCGAUCCCAUGGAAAGCGAUACAAGUGUUCCAAGUGUCCAAAGUCUUUUGCGAAUGCAAAGAUGCACAAGGAACAUACUUUAAGCCACUCGGAGGAUUCAUCCGAUAGACCAAAGUGUCCGCCAUCAGAUCCUCCCAACCGGGCUUUCAAAUGCCCCAAGUGUCCCAAGUUGUUUCCGUUUUCCUCCAGUUGCAGUCGUCAUCUACUAAGUCACGAGAAGACUCGCCCAUACCAGUGUCCAGAGUGUCCCAACUCGUAUGCCAGUCCCUAUGCAUUGCGUGCCCACGUUUUAUCCCACUCCAAGGAGCGGCCGCACAAGUGUGAGCAAUGUUCAAAGUCAUAUCGUCAUAUUUACCAUCUCAAUGCACACACGCUGACCCACAGCGAAGAGAUGCUGUACAAGUGCAGCCAUUGCGACAAGUCCUUUAAGUACCCAUCUAAUCUAAGCCGCCACAUGCGGUUGCACAAUGGGGACAAGCCUAAGGAGUGCGAGUUCUGUUCAAAGACGUUUUCCCGCGCUAGCGAUUUGAAAGUUCACAUCCGCAUCCACACGGGGGAAAAACCGUAUAGGUGCGCCAACUGCAAUAUGAAGUUUUCGGUUCUAUCAAAUAUGAGUAAACACCAAAGGAAAUGCCUGUCGUAACCUCCGUGAUUCCUAUUUUUAGGUUGAAGAGUAAUUAAUGUUUUGUAAGGUACAAAAUCUCCUUUAGAAAUGUGUGCCUUAAAAAUGGAAAUAAAAAUUAUUAAUAAUGAAUUAA